CUGGAUCAGACAUCUUGAAAAUGGACCAUUCUGGUGUUUGGUUGAGAAUAAACUAAAGGGAAACAAGCAUCUAAGUGAAGAGCAGUCUGUAUGGGACUCAUGUGAACCCGGCUUAAGAAGAUAAAGAUCUUUGAAUCAUCCACAAAGAGAUGAAAAUUGAAGACGUGAAGGUGGAUGAGAUCCUGAGGAAGAAAGCAGAUACACAGAUGGAAAAAGCAUGCCAUACAUAUCUACCGUUAGAAGAGGGAGCAAGAAAAAGAGUUACCCCAGAGGAAAUGAUGAAUGAAGAAGGGCAGCUACCUUUGUGAGUGAUUGAAAAAACUUUACUGAGGAGAACCAUGGCCUAGAGGGCAGGUUUGAUUCCUCUUCACUUUGUGACCGGAAAAGCUGGGCAUGGAUUCCACAGCCUAGAUACAAGGAGAGCCUGGAGAUGUGAAAAUCCUGAAAGAGAUUCUGAACAAAGAUGGCUCCUUGGGUCCUGAGGCAGCAACAUCACAGAAUGAUCUGCGCAUAGAAGUCAAUUCAAAGACAAGCCCAGGACAAAAGUCAACCAUCCUGACUCCACAUCACUUUCUACUGAAACUGUAAGGCCAUGCAUCCUGAAACAUUCAACUCACAAUAGUUGAGUCCUUAUGUUACAAUGAAUAAGACAACAUCAAGCAUCAUGCAAAUAUGCAAAAUAGCACACCGUUCUGGCUCCUGGAAUCAACACUUUAGCACCAGGUGUUCUCAGGAUCACAGUGACGUCCUCACAAACUGACAGUGAUAUGGGUAGAGCCAUCUGUGCUGGUCCAAAUGGAGAUCUACAGAAAGGGAUGGGCAAGGCAAGACCAUAGAACAUGGCCAUAUUCCCAGGCCCAGCCUUGCCUACUGUCUCAGGAUGGAGAGUUACAACUUUCUGAUGCAUCUGGAGUCCUCCUAGGCAAACUUUCAGGAAAGGAGAUUCAGAGAUAUUUGACUCGCUCAGUUGUUUGGAGCUACAGGGAACUCAGCUAUACCCUGUGAAAGUCUCAGACAUGGCACAUUGCAAUGGGUGUGUUAACAGAAGUGCUGUCUUUAUUGGCUGGCAGUGGUCACCCAAGGCAGGUGAAGAAAAGGUAAAGGAAGAGCAGAAAGAAGAAGCCAGAGAGAAACAAUUCUAGAAGAGGCAGGGACCCUGGAUAGACCAGAGUUGGAAAGGCGAGAGAAGAAACUUUGGAGGCAGAGGCAUGAAGGGUGAAUGUGCUCAGUGGAGAGAGAAGAGGAGAGAGGGGAAGUGAGAAAUCCUCCCCCAACCCCACAGGGACAACUUCUUCUAUCUCAACUCCCUUCCUUUGGGCAAAACAGCAACCUGAACCCAAAGAAAUGGUGUUACCUGGCAAGAGAGCUGCUGUCUUUUCUGAAAAAUCAGACCAAGAGCCCUGAAAUCAGCAGGACAAGAAUCAAAAAGCAGAGCUAUCGAGGAAUACAACAAAAAUCAGAGUUUCAGCGUGGGAUCCCAAGUCUCUAGGGUGAAGAUCAGACCACUCUAAAUCAGAAGUCAUUGGCACUGACAUUUGGACAAGAAAACUUGGAAAAUUAAACAACCGUGAAGAUUGAUCAUGGAAAUCAAAGAGGAAGGAACAUCUGAAGAAGGCCAGCACUUUCUUUCUACAGCCCAAGCAAAUGAUCCUGGGGACUCGCAGUUCACAAGUAUUCAGAAGACUCCAAAUGAACCACAGUUGGAAUUCAUCCUUGCAUGCAAGGAUCUUGUGGCUCCUGUCCGUGAUCGGAAACUGAAUACAUUGGUGCAGAUCUCGGUGAUCCACCCGGCGGAGCAGAGUCUGACAAGAUACUCCAGCACUGAAAUUGUGGAGGGAACAAGAGACCCACUGUUUUUGACUGGUGUCACAUUCCCAUCCGAGUAUCCCAUCUAUGAGGAGACUAAAAUAAAACUAACAGUCUAUGAUGUCAAGGACAAGUCUCAUGACACGGUUAGAACCAGUAUCCUACCUGAACAUAAGGAUCCCCCGCCAGAAGUUGGGAGAAGCUUCUUGGGCUAUGCGAGUUUUAAAGUGGGAGAGCUACUGAAGUCAAAGGAGCAGCUGCUGGUCCUUAGCCUGAGAACUUCAGAUGGUGGCAAAGUUGUUGGUACCAUAGAAGUUGGCGUCGUGAAGAUGGGAGAGAUUCAAGAUGGAGAAGCUGACCACAUCACGACAGAUGUGCAGGGACAAAAGUGUGCACUGGUAUGUGAAUGUACAGCCCCAGAAAGUGUGAGCGGAAAAGAUAACUUCCCUUUUUUGAAUGCAGUGUUGAAGAACCCAGUGUGUAAAUUGUAUAGAUUUCCCACAUCUGACAACAAAUGGAUGCGAAUUCGGGAGCAGAUGUCAGAAAGCAUACUUUCUUUUCAUAUUCCUAAGGAAUUGAUUUCCCUUCACAUAAAAGAAGAUUUGUGUAGAAACCAAGAGCUAAAAGAACUUGGUGAACUUUCUCCACACUGGGACAAUCUAAGGAAAAAUGUCCUCACUCAUUGCGAUCAGAUGGUGAAAAUGUACCAAGACAUUCUGACAGAACUCAGCAAAGAAACAGGGUCCUCUUUUAAAUCAAGCAGCAGCAAAGGAGAGAAAACAUUAGAAUUUGUUCCAGUAAAUCUGCAUCUGCAGAGAAUGCACGUUCACAGCCCUCACUUAAAAGAUGCUCUCUACGAUGUCAUCACUGUGGGAGCCCCAGCUGCCCAUUUUCAGGGAUUUAAGAAUGGUGGUCUACGGAAACUACUCCACAGAUUUGAAACAGAACGAAGAAAUACUGGAUACCAGUUUAUUUACUAUUCACCUGAAAACACAGCCAAAGCAAAAGAAGUUCUCAGCAACAUCAAUCAACUACAACCUCUUAUAGCAACCCAUGCAGACCUGCUACUUAAUUCUGCAAGCCAGCAUUCUCCAGACAGCUUGAAGAAUUCUUUAAAGAUGCUUUCAGAAAAGACAGAGCUUUUUGUCCAUGCCUUCAAGGAUCAGCUGGUCAGGAGUGCCCUUUUAGCCCUCUACACUGCAAGGCCAGGAGGUAUCCUUAAGAAAACACCCUCUCCCAAGAGCGGCACAGAGGAGAGCAGGCCCCAAGACCAACCAGCAAUGAAAAGGCAGGAUUCUAUACCGCACCAUUCAGACUAUGACGAGGAGGAGUGGGAUAGGGUGUGGGCCAAUGUGGGGAAGAGCCUGAACUGCGUUAUUGCUAUGGUGGACAAACUGAUAGAAAAGGAUGGUGGCCGCGAGGAGAGCAGCAGCAGCAGAGAUGCAGAAAAGGACCCUCCUCUGGCAGACUCCACCACGUCGCAUCCAAAGGAGGACUGGUAUGAACAGUUGUAUCCCCUCAUCCUUACCCUGAAGGACUGCAUGGGAGAAGUGGUGAAUCGCGCCAAGCAGUCCCUGACGUUUGUGCUCCUGCAGGAACUUGCAUACAGUCUACCCCAGUGCUUGAUGCUGACACUGAGAAGAGACAUCGUCUUCAGUCAAGCACUUGCUGGAUUAGUUUGUGGAUUUAUCAUCAAAUUAUAUACAAGUUUACAUGACCCUGGCUUCUUACAGCAGCUUCACAUGGUGGGGUUGAUAGUUCAAUAUGAAGGACUGCUAAGUACAUACAGUGAUGAAAUUGGAAUGCUAGAGGACAUGGCUGUUGGCAUCUCAGAUCUGAAGAAAGUAGCAUUUAAAAUCACUGAAGCCAAAUCCAGUGAUGUCUUGCCAGUUAUAACAGGAAGACGUGAACAUUACGUGGUGGAGGUCAAGCUUCCAACUAGACUGUUUGAGUUGCUACCUUUACAGAUUAAAGAAGGACAAUUGCUUCAUGUGUACCCCAUACUUUUUAAUGUUGGAAUCAAUGAACAGCAAACUCUUGCUGAGAGGUUUGGAGAUGUCUCUUUGCAAGAAAGUAUUAAUCAAGAAAAUUUUGAACUUCUUAAAGAAUAUUACACGAUAUUUAUGGAAAAGAUGCCCCCUGAGUACAUUUCACAUUUUCAAGAACAAAAUGAUUUAAAAGGUUUACUAGAAAAUCUCCAUCAAAAUAUCCAAGCCAAAAAAAGAAAGAAUGUAGAAAUCAUGUGGCAAGCUGCGACGAUAUGCCGCAAAUUAAAUGGUAUUCGCUUCACCUGCUGUAAAAGUGCCAAAGACAGGACGUCGAUGUCGGUGACACUGGAACAGUGCUCCAUCUUGAGAGACGAACACCAGCUGCACAAGGACUUCUUUAUCCGAGCACUGGACUGUAUGAGAAGCAGACAAAACCAGGGAGCCCUGAAUGAAUCCGAUGAUCCUGAAACAGGCUGUCUAACUGAUAACAAGCCAACUUCUCGACACUUCUAUCCUGUCGCCUUGCUGCUCGUCAGCUCACACCUGCUAGUUGUGUGGCUUAUCUUAAGUCUUGCAUUACUAUUAGCCAAAUAUCAAUAA